AUGACGACCUCCACCAAGAACGAUGCCAUGGAGGUAGACACUCCCGUGCCUCAAACUGAGACGACGGGGCUGCAGACGGAAACCCCCGCUCCCCAAGGCGAAGCCCCUGCCCCUGAAAAGUCAGCCGUCGACAUCUCCGACGACGAUGACGAGUACAACCAAGCCAUGUCCCUCCCCAUAUCCAAGAUUAAGCGCAUCUUCAAGAUGGACUCCGACUACAACAUGGCGUCCCAGACCGCUGUAUACGCUACUGGUGUGGCCACGGAAAUGUUUAUUCAAUACUUUACCGAACAGGCAGCCCUUCUAGCGAAGAUGGACAAGCGAAAGAAGAUCCAAUAUAAGGACUUCGCCCAAGCGGUGGCUACCCAUGAUAACUUGGCAUUCUUGGCCGAUAUUGUUCCCAAGACUCACCCUAUUGGUGACUUGGUGAAGCAGAAGAAGGUGAGAGCUACCAACUUAGUGGAAACUGCUGAGGUUUCAGAGGAAGCUGUUGCAGUGGAAGCGGUGGCAGUGGAAUCGGCGGCUCCCGUUCUCCCAAAGGGGCAAUCCACGUUACCUUUUGAAACCGCCAGUGCUCCUGCCCCUUUCAAAAAAGCUGGCCUUUCCGAUUUGAUUGGAUGA